GCUGUGGCUCUCUCUCUCUCUCUCUCUCCCUCUCUUUCUCUCUCCUCUCUCUGUGUCUGCGGAAAGCUGAAGAGGAAGCUCAGCAGAGACACAAAGAAUCAACCCUAAACCCUUCUCUCUCUCUCUCUCUCUCUCUCUAUAUAUCAGAUCGUGUGAGCUCAAACCCAGACCUCAGAUCCCGAAUCGAGCUCCAAUUCAGAUCGCCGGCCGGACCCCAAUCCCGCUUUCACUACCCCUCGGAUCGCCGCAUUCGACCCGGGAAGAGGGGAUUCGUGCGCCCCCCAUGACGCGGCGGUGCUCCCAUUGCAGCCACAAUGGGCACAACUCCAGGACCUGCCCCAACCGCGGCGUCAAGCUGUUCGGGGUCCGGCUCACCGACGGGUCCAUCCGGAAGAGCGCCAGCAUGGGCAACCUCAGCCACUACGCCGGCGCCGGCGCCGGGAGCGGGACCGGGUCCGGGUCCGGGUCGGGCCUCGCCGGCGGGGGCAACAACCCGGGCUCGCCCGGGGAGGGCCCGGAUCACGGGGACGGCUACGCGUCCGAGGAUUUCGUCCCCGGGUCGUCCUCGAGCCGCGAGAGGAAGAAAGGUGUACCAUGGACUGAAGAGGAGCACAGAAUGUUUCUAUUGGGCCUGCAAAAGCUCGGCAAAGGUGAUUGGCGUGGCAUUUCUCGCAACUACGUCAUUUCAAGGACGCCAACACAAGUGGCAAGCCAUGCUCAGAAGUACUUCAUCAGGCAAUCUAACGUGUCAAAGAGAAAACGACGUUCCAGUCUGUUUGAUAUUGUGGCAGAGGAAUCGGUUGAUGUGCCAAUGGGAUCAAGGGACUUCUUUGCGGUCGACGAGCAACAGCAGGAAACAGAAGUAAAUGAUGCCUUGCAGCAGCUGCCACCUGAUGUUGAUGAAGAAUGUGAAUCUAUGGACUCCACCAACUCAAAUACUGGAGAUUCUGCCCCGCCAAAGCCGGAUAUUUCACAAUCACAGCCCUCUUAUCCAAUGAUAUAUCCCGCCUACUUUUCACCGUUCAUCCCAUUUUCGUUCCCCUUGUGGACAGCUGGGUUUGGGGCGGACGACUCGACCAAGGAGACGCACGAGGUGCUCAAGCCCAUGGCGGUUCACUCGAAGAGCCCAAUAAAUGUGGAUGAACUUGUUGGCAUGUCGAAGCUCAGUCUAGGAGACUCCAUCGGCAACAGUGGUCCCUCUUCUCUGUCGCUGAAACUGCUCGAAGGAUCUAGUAGCAGACAGUCGGCUUUCCAUGCCAACCCGGCCUCCAGCACUUCAAGAAUGAAGUCGAGCAUUGUGAGUUGAUUGGAAGACAAGCGAGGAACCUUUAGCUCAAAGGCUGUGAUCUGAUCUAUCAACUGAGUGCUGAGGUGAGCUUUGUGAGUUACUGUUAAUAGAAGGAAAAUAAUGUGCAGUCUGGUCUGGGCGGUUCUAGUGUGAUUGCCCUCGUAGGAUACCUUGAAUAAGGUUGUCGUCUCAGUCGUUGUCGUUCUAUUUAGUGACAAAGAACAGUUCCUAGAUUGUAGGUUUUAGUAGUAUCUGUAGGAAAUUCAUUUGAAUCUCAUAAUUCAGUGUCUUUUCCAAAAGCUGAUGGUUUCACCCAGAAAUAGCUGUCUCAAACCUCAUAUAGGUGAGUAAAUUCAAGUCCCUUGCUCGGCGCGGGAUGGCCCCACCUGCCCCUUGCUUGGCACAGGAUUGCCCCACCCGCCCCUUGCCUGAUGAUGAGCAAGUGAUUCUGCCCCAGGUGAGGGCGGGGUGAAGUGGGUCCUGUGUCCAGGCAAGAUGAGAAAGUAUCUCAUGUGUUGAUUGUCUGGCUGAUAUGGUGUAAUGAACUAAUCAAAAUGUCUGCAUAUGCAUUGCAUC